AUGGAAUCAAGGGAUAAAGUGUUGCAGGGGCAUUAUUUCUUUGAUAGCAAACCCUUGAUUGUGAAACCUUGGGAUCAGGAUCUGGAUAUGGAUAAAGAGGAGGUGCAAGUUGUUCCCAUUUGGAUUCAGUUGAAGCUGAAUUUCAAAUACUGGAGUGAAAAGGCAUUAUUCAAAAUUGUGAGUCAGGUGGGAAAACCAAUCAAAAGAGACUAUGCUACCACAUGUAGAGAUAAAAUUCAGUUUGCUAGAGAUAUGGUGGAAGUUCCCAUGGAGAAAAUCUUACCUGAUCACUUAUUCUUCAUGGAUGAACAUGGUGAAAAGGUUAAGGUGGAUCUGAGAUAUGAAUGGAAGCCUACUCUAUGUAAUAAAUGCAAGAUGGUGGGGCAUGCUGAAGCAGAAUGCAGGCAAGGUAAUAGUAGGAAGAAAGAGACUAUAGCCAUUGAGGUGGAUCAGGAAGGCUUUCAAAGGGCUUUGAGACCAAUUAGGGUCAGAGCUGAUUCAGUGGAACCAGCCCAAAUUGCUAACCCUUUUGAUAUACUGCAGAAUGAAGAGAUGGUUGAAACUAGUGUUAAUGUGACAGAUAGGGGAGGGAACUUGAGUAGACAGGAGGGGUUGGUUGGGCUCCUUAAACAUAAGGUGAAGGGUGCUAAUCUUGGCAAGCUUUACCAAAGAGUAUUUACAGGCUGGUGUUUUACAGGAAAUGUUAGUUUUCACAAGGGAGGAACAAUAGUGGUAGCUUGGAAACUUGGAAGCUUUACAGUGAGUGUUGUAGCUGUUACAGCUCAGUUGAUACAUUGUCAUGUUACCCCAAUUAGUGGUAAAAAUGGCUUCUAUUGCACUUUUGUUUAUGCAUUCAAUGAAUGCAAGCAGAGAAUUGAGCUAUGGAGAGACUUGAAGGUUUUAAACACACAGGAUCCUUGGAUUAUGUGUGGAGACUUUAAUUGUGUUAUGGCUAGUAAUGAGAGAAUAGGUGCACCUGCCAGACAAGCUGAAAUCAAUGAUAUUAAUAGUUGUAUGCAUGUUUGUAGUAUGGAAGAUGUGAAGAGUGUAGGGAACAUGUUCACUUGGAAUAACAAACAGCAGGGUUCUGCUAGAGUGUUUUCUAAGUUGGAUAGGGUGUUAGCUAAUCCAGCAUGGCAGAGUGAGUAUGUGGAUGCAGAGGUAUGUUUUAUGAAUGAGGGUGAUUUUGAUCAUUCCCCUGGCUUGCUUACAGUUUAUCCAAGAUCUGCAGGAGGGAGGAAGCCCUUUAGAUACUUUACAAUGUGGAAGUCAGCUCCUACUUUUGAUACCAUCAUUCAGGAUGUAUGGAGGGAACAUUUAUCUGGAAGUAAGAUGUAUGUCUUAGUGACUAAAUUGAAGAAGGUGAAAGUUGGUCUGAAAGAGCUCAAUAAGAAGGGUUUUACUGACAUUCAGGCUGCUGAAAUUAAAGCUCAUCAGGCAAUGUUAGAUGCUCAGCAAGCCAUGCAUUCAAAUCCUGCAAAUCAGCAACUAGUUGAUCUGGAGUUAGAUGCCAUCAAGAAAUAUAAAUUACAUCAUCAAAGUAUCAAGGCCAGAAAUGUUCAGAAUCAUGUUUACAGCAUAUAUGAUAUGCAUGGAAAAUGGCAAGAUACUCCAGAAGCAGUUUCUGAUGCUUUUCUUGAUUAUUAUAAGCAGUUACUGGGUACAACUCAAGCUGGAAGAAGAUCUGUAAUCAAAGAGGUGGUGUUGGCUGGCCCAGUGAUUACUGAACAUCACAGAGCUCUUCUCAAUGCACAUUACUCUAGAGAGGAAGUGAAGAAUGCUCUAUUCUCCAUUCCUGGAACUAAAGCUCCUGGACCAGAUGGUUUUGGUUCUUUCUUUUAUAAGGAUUCUUGGCAUAUAGUGGGAGAUGAGGUAAUUGAUGCAGUUCUUGAUGUGCUGAAUAAUGGUAAGCUCUUAAAGGAGAUUAACCAUACAGUCAUCCUUUAA